GAUACAUGCACAGAAAGGCUGGUCUCUUCUGGCAGCAGGCUUACGCAAUGGCAGAGAAGCCACAGAGUGUUUCCAAAUGGCAUUGAGAGAAGACAAAGCAAAUGGGGAGUUUCUUGCUGGCUUGGCAAUUGCAGCCUUUGCAUCAUGGACUCACACACGCAAGCCUGUAUUUUGGGAAGCAGCCAAAAAGAAGUUGGGGGCCAUUAUCCGUGAACAGCAGCAAAACUAUGAAGCUAAGGUGUAUUUAGCCAGGAUCCUUAAGAGGGCGGAUAGACAGCAAGCAGAAGCCCUCUUAGAAGAUGUUGUCCAGAAUAGCCUGGACCCUGAGGUCCUGAGAAAUGCAGCCAUGUUCUUUCAACCAGAAUUCAUAGAAAAAACAAUCUCUAUUCUAGAGCGAGCAAUAUCUCUGAACCCCAAUUAUCAUCUCCUUCACUAUGACCUUGGUUAUUGCUACAAGAUACAACUGAAGGAGGCCAAGUCAGGCAGAGGAGAAAUAUUGGCAGCAGCUAUUGAGGCCUUCAAAGAGGCUGUGCAAAAAGAUCCAGUCUCUGUAUUUUCAAAGCUGGCUUUAGCUGAAAUGUAUGGAGAAAAUACACCUCACUACCAAGAAGAGAUUUAUCUCAAUCUCAUGAGUGAAAUGCCCAGCCUCAGCAAGAAGUGUCAGCAGGCCGUCUACCUUCACUGGGGGGAUUUCCUCUUCUACAAGCAGAAGUCACUGGGGGAGGCAGCUGAGAUGUACAAAGCAGGUUUCGCCAUUCCA